ACUUCGUCACGAGCCUAAUUAACCACCACUGCCGACGAGCUCAUCUCCUUCAUCUCAAUCCCAACCAAUCUCGGCAGCAAGAGCAAAGAUUUCUUCGCCAUCGACAGAGCAAUGGAGGACAGUAUGCCUGAGCAUCUGGGGAGAGUGCUGAAGGAGCUGCGGUCUCAAGGGGAGGUGGCUUGUUUGGUGGUGGACUUGCUGGCGUCGGCUGCGAUUAGGGUUGCGGAGCAGGUUGGGGUUCGGGUUGCGGGUUUCUGGCCUGCUAUGUUUGCGACGUAUCGGGUUCUCUCCGCGAUACCGGUGCUCAUCCGGCAAGGGAUCAUCUCUGACUGUGGUACGCCCCUUCAUCAAUACAAUCAACAGUUUAUAAAGCCAGAAGAAGAUGAUAAUGAUAAUUAUGAGGAUGAAAAGGUAUCAAAUGUUCUGUUACCGACCAAACCAAAACUAAGCAGCAAGGAUUUUCCAUGGCUAGUUGGGAACCCAUCCUCCCAAAGAUCAAGAUUCAAGUUCUGGCUACGCACGAUGGGCCGGGCCAACACCCUCCCUUACCUCCUCAUCAACUCCUUCCCUCAGGAAGACGGCCAGCCCAGGGAACUGUCCGAUCACGGCCCAACAGUUCUCCCAGUAGGCCCAUUGCUCUCAUCCACCGAUAAUCCAACGAUGUGGGAGGAGGACAAAUCUUGCAUGAAUUGGCUAGACGAACAACGUCCCGCCUCGGUCAUAUACGUAUCGUUCGGGAGCUGGGUCGGGCCCAUCGAACCCGAGAAAAUGGCCGAGCUCGCCCUUGGGCUCGAGGCAACGAAGCAGCCU